AUGGCGGCGACUCCGACUCCGACGACGCGGCGCGCGGCGCCUGCGGGCCGCACCACGGGCUUUGCCAGCGCUCGCAUGCUCGAGGCACAGCGCACGUUCCAGAACGUGGUGAAGCACGAGCUGCAACUGCUGCUGGCGAGCGGCACGAAGCGCGAAGACGCCGUGAAGCUGCUGCUCGGUCGGAUCGUAGCCAGCACGGAGCCGCCCGAGGCGUUGGCUGUGCGCGGCGUGAUGCGGCAGUUCCAGAUGAAUUAUGACGACGCGGUGCGUGCGUUGAUUGUGAAGCAGGAGCUCGGGCGACUGAAGCGGCAGGGACUGGACUCGUUCGCGGCGAUUGAGGAACUGACGCGGAAAAUGAAGAGCCGAGGAGACGAGAGGCAGCGAGAGGAGGAGAAGAAGGAGGAGGUGGAGCUGGAGGUAGAGCUGGAGCUGGAAGGGAAGGGGGGAGGAGGAGGAGGACAAGUGAGGGAGGAGAGGGGUCCUUCUGGUGAAGACAACGUUGAAGAAAGAGAUGGUGACACUGGUGGUGUGCAGCAAGAUAAGGCACUGGGUGCAACAGUUUUGGGAGAAGAAAUGGGUUCGGUGACGUCGGACAAGGAGGCAAGUGAGACGACGUCGUUGUCGUUGUGCCAGCGGAUUGGAAAGGUUUCGAUCUCGUCGGUGACCGUGACAGAACAAGAAUCUGACGACGGUUUGAGAGGAGAAGAUAGCGCUAACAAUGGAGAAAAUGAGGCGGCUGGAGAGCGUGGCACGAUGGGGUUUCGAUCACCGUCCAGGGCUGAUAGCUCUUCGAAUGGUAACCUCGUGGAACUUACACCACAGUCGCGUAAACGCCGUGCGGCUUUUGGAGAGCAGGUGGAUACUGUCACGCGUAGUCGUAGUAGCAGCAGCGAACGCGCUGUGAAGCCUAUGUUUUCGGGUAUGAAGAAGCAAAAGUUGUGUGCUGACGUUGGGGACGGUUUUCUUCAAAUUGUCACACGAAAGUCGAAGCCAAUGUCGUCAAGCCCACCGAAGGGUACAGCUGCAAAAAGCACUUCUGGGAUGGCGCCUGGUGGGGGGAAAGGUGGCGGAUCGACACGAAGUGAGCGCAACACGAAGAACUCGCUCAAGCGGCAGCGUGCAAGUCCGACGGGUAUGGCAGAUAACGAUGAGUCUCCCAUUGCAGCCGAACCUCGUUCGUCCCACGUGCACCAUCGACAUCACGCCCACCAUCACCAUAGCAAGCGCCAAAAGAGCGGCAGCCCCCACUGA